AUGGACGACCACUCUCAUGACGUCCAGUUGACUGAAUUUGCAGACUGUACAGGCGGCAUCUACGGAGGCUCAGCCUACGAGAGCCCACCGACUUCCCCCACGUUUUCGCAAUCGGGACACCAGCACCGAUACGGACAUUAUGACGAGAUCGACCAGUCCCAUGAAGACACACAGAUGUUAGUUUACGACGGCGGGUACAAUUCCUCGGGGUCCUCGACGCGGCAAUUUGGGGAUAUCAUGGGCGGUGAUUUGGAUGACGACCUCGAUCGCAUGAGCUCUAGAGCUUCCAGCCACUCUUCUGUCUCUUCCAUACCGGGUUCGGUGCUCACGAUGGGGGAUGGAAUGAAGGCGGUCAUACCCGAUAAUACUCUUCCUCACCACUGGGAGGAUCAGGACAGCAAGGUUUAUAGCACAUUGGACGGGCCGGUGCGCUCGAUUCCUGCAAUCAGGCACCGGGAAACUGCAUUUCGGAAGCCAAGCUCGGUGAAAGCGAUGCAGAUGCACACGGAGGAUGAAGGAGAUGAUUUCUUGACCCCACCAAAGCGCAGAGGCCAGCGCUUCUCUGACGUCUCUAUGCGAUCUUCCGGCUCGUCUCCGCUGAGGAAGUCGCAGUUUUAUUCGCCCACAGGAUCGGCAGGCAAGCCGAAGGUCAAGAAGGAAUAUCCACUUGUGCUUUUGCACUGCAAUUUGCUUCCCCCAUCGCUUCCGGUCCCUGCAAUGGGCUAUCACAGUCAGAAGAUACUGAGAGAGGUUCUGCCUUCAGAAUACUGGAGACGGUGGAAGCUGCUGGAAGAAAAGGUUGGAUCUGGCGUGCUCCGUGAGCGCGGUGUCCUUAUCUCUCAUCCGGAAGAUAUGUAUGACUUACUCGAGGAGCGGUUGCUGGAGAGCUUAGAGCUACAACGUCCGAGACUGGACCACGGCCACUUUCUGGGACGAGAUGAAAAUGACUCCGAAAGGGACGACCAGUCUGUGAAAGAAGAGAGCGCUACAGACGAGGAAGAAGGAGAGGACUGUCCGGACUGUGGCGGACGUGUGGUUCGCCACAAUAACGCGGGCCGAAAAUGGGAGAUCAAGGUUUUCGCUGCUAAUGGGCUGAUGCGAGCUGGGGCCUGGGCUGCAGCUUGGAAGGAAAUGGAGAAAGUGGAUGUCGAAGUCGGCCUUUGGCUUCCGUCGGAGGUUCGGAGGGAGUUAGAGAGGCGACUGCUGGAGGAGGAGAUAUACCACUUGGAGAAUCGACUGCAGGUGCCAUCACAGGAGCUCGAGCAUGGAACGGCCGAGGUGCGCCAACAUUCGCCUCAGACACCUCCCCGGGCGAUUGAGGAGCAGACUCCGUUUGUUCCUGAAGAAGCCGAAAGGCCGCCCCCGAUUCCUGAAAAGGCGGCUGCCCAAGAGCAGCGAAUGCCAGAGCAUGCUUAUGUUCCGAGAUCGAGUGAUGAUAUUGAUCUACAAACACUGCUGGUGAAUUACCUACGAGUGUUGGCAAGCGACCGGCGCAAUGUCGCCAUUGCCGUCCUCAGCUUCCUGGUCGUCUUCUUUGCGAUUCAUGCUACGCCUCAAGCGGACCAAUCAGCUCUCCGGCCAUUUCCCCAGGACAUUCUGGAAUCUGCUUCCAUUUCCUCGUUCGCUGUGACGGCGAUGCACUCUUCAACGACAAGCUGGGACAAGCCUACCAGCUGCGCACUGCCGAGCGUCGAGACUCCGCGUGCUAUGCCCCCAUUCCCUUCCAGCUCAAGUGAUAUCCUUGCCAGCUCAGUGGCUGCUGUGAGUUCUCCACUUGUGGCUUCUGAGGGCAUUCUCAGGCCAGUGCUCGAGGAUUCCCCAAAACCCCAAGCAGAACCCGAGACAAGCUCUUCCGUACAAGGCCCGCUUGCUGUUUACGAUCCGGAACCGGAGAUUUCUUUGGUGGAAAUGAAAGAUCCAGAGCCACUGGGAUUCUCGUUAGAGCUUCUGGCCCUGACUCAACCGAUGAGUCCGGCGGUGAAAGGAGCCGUCGAUCCGGAGGCGAACGAAUGA